AGAGAAUAAUUACUCCCUCUCUCUCCCCUCAGCCCUGAUAUUGCUUUUCUACCUGGUCUUCUAUGGCUUCCUGGCGGGGAUGUUCACGCUCACCAUGUGGGUCAUGCUGCAGACACUAGACGACAACAUUCCUACGUACCGCGACCGAGUGGCCAGUCCAGGUUUGGUGAUCAGGCCCCGGUCCUUGGACAUCGUCUUCAACCGCACCGACCCUAAGCAGUACGGCCAGUAUGUCCAGCAUCUGGAAAACUUCCUUCAGCAAUACAACGACACUGUGCAGGAGAAGAACGAGCUGUGUAUGGUGGGAGAGUACUAUGAGCAGGAUGAUCAGGAGGAGAAGAAGGUGUGUCAGUUCAAGCGCAAUCUGCUCCGGCAGUGCUCCGGCCUGUCUGACACCACCUUUGGCUACGCUGAGGGCAAACCCUGCGUCCUAGUCAAGAUGAACAGGAUCAUUGGACUGAAACCGCGCGGGGACCCCUACAUUAACUGCACAGCUAAGAGAGAAAGCCCCCUGCAGAUGCAGUACUUCCCAUCCGAGGGGCGUUUCGAUAAGAUGUACUUCCCUUAUUACGGGAAGAAUUUGCAUUCAACCUACGUUCAGCCCCUGGUUGCGGUCAAGCUUCUGCUGACCAAGGAAGACUACAACAACGAGCUGACCAUGGAGUGUAAGAUCGAGGGCUCCGACCUGCGGAAUAGUGACGACCGCGACAAGUUCCUGGGGCGCGUCACAUUCAGGGUCAAAGUGGUCGAGUAGUGGUUCAGGAAAACCACUAGAGCUGCACAAUGCCGUCUUUACGUGUAAUCAAUGCCCUCACCCAUCUCCACUGAACCGUCCUCCUCAAUCCACUUCCCCCCUCCAUUCGGCCAGGACCAGGCCCUGCCCCCUUGGCUACUGGAGGGGUGGAUCAGGGGAAGCUACGGUAGCAUGGUGGUGUGCUCCUUAUAUUCGUUUUUAAAUCCCCAUCCCUUAUCAUAUGUCACUGACUCCUCCACCUGCCAGCCCCCCUCUUGGCCCUUCAUCACACCAUGAAAAGGGAAAUACAAUAAACUAACAAUUUGAAUCCCCCCUCAAAUACACACACAAAUACACACACACCUCUCACCUCCAAUAAAGUUAGUGGUGAUGUAGCGACAUCAUGCCUUAGUAUGGACCUGUAUAUAGCUGUAUUUGGAGCAUUGAAUUGAUGUGGUAUCCCGUAGUGCUGUGCGUGAUGUGUUGUUUCUGUAUGUACAUACUUGAUGGCUAUAAACACUGUUUCUGUCUUUAGCUCACUGUCUGAACGCUGUAAGAAAUCAAACGAAGAAAUAACGAAUAGCUGUAAUUUAAGAUUAUUGUUUAAGAGAAUACAUUUAAGGAUGAAAAAUGCACAAAAAUAUAUCGGCUUAUAAUUAAACCUACCUGUCCAACAUCUAAGGGAAGAGGUUUUUACACACCUAUGGGAACUGUGCUUUGUACAGAUGCCUUAAGGUCUGUAUGAGAACAAAUUUGAAAUAAAGAUUUUUUUUAAAUCUCAA